CCUCAUUUCCGGUUUCUGCCGAAGCGACCAGCGAGGUGUGCGGGGUUUGUUUUUUUUAUUACUAUUUCGGCUCGGCUUACGCUGCCGGCACGCAUGCGCGACGUCUCAAUCGCUUCAGCUUUCGGCGGCGGCGGCGGCGGUGGAAGUCGAGGAGUUCGGAAGUUCAAAAUGGCCGCGGCGACGAUAGUGGAGUCGGGGCUGCGGGGGCGCGGAAUUGAUGAUGCUGAUAUUUCUGAGAGAAGUGCAAAUGAAGAAAAUGGGGAUAUUUCAGAAGGAGAGCAACCACAAAUUAAACACAGCCGGCAUAAAAAAAAGAAGCACAAACACCGAGGUAAACAUAAGAAACAUAAACAUUCUUCAGAAGAAGAUAAGGACAAAAAACAUAAACAUAGGCACAAACAUAAGAAACAUAAACGAAAGGAGAUUACUGAUGCCUCUGAUAGAGAAGAUGGUCCAGCAAAAAGAACUAAAAUUGAUUUCUUAGCUCCUUUAGAAGACCUAGAGAAACAAAGAGCAUUGCUUAAAGCUGAACUUGAAAAUGAGCUAAUGGAAGGAAAAGUUCAGUCUGGGAUGGGAUUAAUAUUGCAAGGUUAUGAGUCAGGUUCUGAAGAGGAGGGAGAAAUCAAUGAUAAGGUGAGAAAUGGGACUAGAUCUGCAACUAAGUCAUCAAACGUUAAAGGGAAACCAGAAAUUGUAGACAAUAAAACAAGUUCAAAGAAACGGAGUAAGAGCAGAUCAAAAGAACGGACUCGGCACAGAUCUGAUAAAAAGAAAAGCAAGUCAGGAGUUGAUGGAAUAAAAGAGAAAGCAACAAGAAGUAAAUCAAAAGAGAGGAGAAAAUCAAAAAGCCCAUCUAAAAAAAUAAAGUCUCAAGAUCAAGUAGGAAAGUCAAAGUCUCCAACUCUUAGAAGGCGCUCUCAGGAGAAAAAUAGGAAGUCAAAGUCUCCAGAAGAUAAAACUAAAGCAGAAGAUAAGAUGAAAUCUAGAGAUCAUAAAAAAUCUCCAGCUGUUAAUGAAAGUAAAAACAGAGAUCGUGGCAAAAAAUCAAAAUCUCCACUAGAACAAAGAAGCAAAUCCAAAGAUAGACGAUCAAGGUCUAAAGAUCGAAAAUCCAGGAGAUUGGAGGCUGAAAAAGAGAAGAAGCCCACCAAAUCUCCUUCUAAAGAUGCAUCAUCAGGGAAAGAAAACAGGUCUCCUGGUAGAAGACCUGGCCGCAGCCCUAAAGGAAGAAGUUUGUCUCCGAAACCACGAGAUAAGCCAAGACGCAGCAGAUCACCUCUCCUUAAUGAUCGCAGAUCUAAGCAGAGUAAAUCGCCCUCUCGAAAUCUGUCUCCUAGGAGAGCAAAGAGUAGAUCUGUAGAAAGAAAAAGAAGAGAAUCGGAAAGGAGGCGUUUUUCUUCUCCAAGAACACGAACUAGGGAUGAUAUCCUCGCUAGACGUGAGCGAUCAAAAGAUGUCAGCCCACCUAGGUGGUCCCCAUCCAGAAGAAGAUCCAGGUCUCCUAUUCGACGAAGAUCUCGCUCAGUUCUUCGACGUAGCCGGUCCCCAAGAAGGAGGAGUAGAUCUCCUCGGAGAAGGGAUAGGGGUCGACGGAGUCGAUCUCGUCUUAGGAGGAGAUCUAGGUCACGGGGUGGCCAUAGGCGGAGGAGUAGGAGCAAAAUAGAAGACAAAUUUAAAGGAAGCCUUUCUGAAGGGAUGAAGGUUGAGCAAGAAUCCUCAUCAGAUGAAAACCUUGAAGACUUUGAUGUUGAAGAAGAAGAUGAGGAAGCUUUGAUAGAGCAGAGAAGGUUACAGAGGCAAGCAAUUGUUCAGAAAUACAAGUACCUAACUGAAGAUAGCAACAUGUCUAUGCCAUCUGAACCAAGCAGUCCUCAGAGCAGCACUCGCAGCCGCUCAAACUCCCCUGAUGACAUUCUAGAGCGGGUAGCUGCUGAUGUUAAAGAGUAUGAACGAGAAAACGUGGACACUUUCGAAGCCUCAGUGAAGGCUAAGCACAACCUCAUGGCUGUUGAGCAAAAUAAUGGUUCGUCUCAGAAGAAAAUUACAGCUCCUGACAUGUUCACAGAAUCAGAUGAUAUGUUUGCUGCAUAUUUUGAUAGUGCACGCCUUAGGGCUGCUGGCAUUGGAAAAGACUUCAAAGAAAACCCCAAUCUCAGGGAUAACUGGACAGAUGCAGAGGGGUAUUAUCGUGUUAACAUAGGUGAAGUUCUAGAUAAACGCUACAAUGUAUAUGGGUACACUGGCCAAGGAGUUUUCAGUAAUGUGGUGAGGGCCAGAGAUAUGGCAAGAGCAAACCAAGAAGUGGCUGUCAAAAUCAUUAGGAACAAUGAGCUUAUGCAAAAAACUGGUUUAAAAGAAUUGGAAUUCUUGAAAAAACUCAAUGAUGCAGAUCCUGAUGACAAGUUCCAUUGCCUGCGAUUGUUCCGGCAUUUUUAUCACAAGCAGCACCUUUGUUUAGUAUUUGAACCACUUAGUAUGAACUUACGAGAGGUGCUGAAGAAGUAUGGAAAAGAUGUUGGCCUCCAUAUAAAGGCAGUGCGAUCAUAUAGUCAGCAGCUGUUUCUAGCAUUAAAACUUCUGAAAAGAUGCAACAUCUUGCAUGCUGAUAUCAAACCAGACAAUAUUUUAGUGAACGAAUCUAAAACUAUUCUAAAACUUUGCGAUUUCGGGUCGGCUUCACAUGUUGCGGAUAAUGACAUCACACCGUAUCUUGUCAGCCGAUUUUAUCGUGCUCCUGAAAUCAUUAUAGGCAAAAUCUAUGACUACGGUAUAGAUAUGUGGUCUGUAGGCUGUACAUUAUAUGAACUUUACACAGGAAAAAUAUUGUUUCCUGGGAAAACCAACAAUCAUAUGUUGAAACUUGCUAUGGACCUCAAAGGAAAGAUGCCAAACAAGAUGAUCCGAAAAGGAGUCUUCAAAGAUCAACACUUCGAUCAAAAUCUCAACUUUAUGUACAUAGAGGUAGAUAAAGUAACAGAAAGGGAAAAAGUAACUGUCAUGAGCACCAUUAAUCCAACAAAGGACCUGCUGGCAGAUUUAAUUGGGUGCCAACGCCUCCCUGAAGAUCAGCGCAAAAAGGUUCACCAGCUGAAGGACUUGUUGGACCAGAUCCUCAUGUUAGACCCAGCUAAACGGAUUAGUAUCAACCAGGCUCUGCAGCAUGCCUUCAUCCAGGAGAAAAUUUAAAUCCAGCGAAGAUGUUCAAAGGGUUUGACUAGUUAAUAUACAAAGACUGAUGCAAUUUCACAGCAAUUUAUAAAUGUACAUAUAGCAUAUAAAUAAUUACCCUGCAAAGUUGAGGAAGAAUGAUAUAUUUGAAUUAACACCAAGGCGGAUAUUUCUUUUAGAAAUGUUAGAGUAACUCUGUUUGUCUCUCACGUGAAGAUUUUUUCACUGUAGAACUGUUUUAUUGCCAAGACUGCACAGAAAUACAAUGCUAGCGUAUAUGGCUGCAGUUCCCAAACACGUAUAUAUAUAAUAUAUAUAUAUAAAAACACACACACAUAUGCUCCCUCUCUCUCACCCUAACUAAAUGCAACAAAGCAUCUCUUAAAAUAUCAGUAAGACUGGGUGGUUGAUUUUGGUUUUUAGCAGAUUUGGCUUCAUUUUGGUCUCUGAAAAAUGGCCAGCAUAAAUGCUGUUUAUAUUGCAUUUUCCUAGGUGUGUGCGUGCAGGCCACAGCAGCAUGCCCUUGGUGUAGUCUGUGCCGAAGGGGGUCUAUUCCUUCUUGAGCCUGCCCGCAGGGAUGGUCUCCUCUUUUAAAGCAGGUUGCGUACAACUUUCAGUACACUGAAGGUAAGCUAAACCAUCAACAUCACUGAUGUUUAAGAUGUUAAUUGUACUGGAGCAACUGGCAAAUGAGGGUCAAUAGCUUUGUAGCGGAAUUCCCUGCAUGUUUUUAUAUAAAUGAUCUUGUUUUUUGUUUUCUGGCAUUACAACUGUGGCAUAAUUCCAACUUCUGUUUGAUCAUCACAUUCAGAAAAAAAAAAAUUGGGGAGUGUGCACUUGAUGGAGAGAGCGCCUUCAGUGUACUGUUUAUUACUUUCACUUUUAAAAAAUCAACUUGCUAUAUAUAUAGACUUUAUACAUUUUGUUAAAUGCAGUUCACUAUGGCAUAGAGCCAAUACUUAGAGAAGUUUUCAUUUCCUAACGACAAAUGUGGAGCUCCACUUCCAAAAGUCCUUAUUUCAUGGCCAGAUAGAGAACACCAUAAUAAAGAUUUUUAGCUACUUGUAUGUCAUUUGAAAGUGUACUGCUUUAUGCUAAAGGUGUUUUUCAUUUGUUCAUUGUUUUCAUUAUUUGUGAUCAUGUUGUCUUUCAAUACAGGCAUAAACCUUCCACUCUUGAACAAAGCAGCUGCUUUUUAAAAGCGGUAAUUGCUUCUUUACCUUUUAUUUCUUUUGUAAAUGAAGCUUUCUUUAAGAAAUGUGACUUUAAAGUGUUGUCUCUUGCAUAAAACAGUUGACAUUCACUUAUUGUAAAGUGAAGAUUGUUCUGCUGCAUGUAAAGUGGACCAUGCAGAUUUCUGUAUGUUUUCAGUAUGCAUCAUUAGAUAAUAAAGUCUUUUGUGAACAAGGCAUUGGUAGCCAUUUUUAAAAGAUUUUGUCUCCAGUGUUGCCGACUCAGGUAAUCGCAUCAGAGGAAUCUUUCGUUUUUGAUAGUCCGUUAAUUAAAGCAGUUAAUAAAAGAUGUGGCCCAUUGAAAGAGAGAUUAGAUUCUUAAUUAUCCACAUUUCAGUUUAGAUACUACCCCCUGCACCCUACAGAUACUGUCUACUUUCAUUGUAAAUUUAUUCCUGUAGGUUGUUGGAUUCGAAUCAGGUUUUAACUAAUGUUUGUGCUGUUUUUCUUACUUUUCCUUUUUGAUGGUGCUGAGAGAGACAAGGAAAGCAAGUCACAGGCCACUCAACGCCUACUCCAGGGGGUCUGGUUUGCUGAGACACCAACUUCACCUUCCUAACAAGGUUAUUUCUGACAGCAUGUGUAGAUAAACAUUUAGCAACAACUUAAACAAUAGCUCCUUGUUCAACAUGAAGGUACCAAACUCAGUGGUUUAACGUUUACCAAUCCAAUUCUUGCAUUAAAAAACUGAUCCACGUAUUAUCUUAUUUGUAUGUAUUUCAUGUAUGUUGCACAGGUGUACAAAAACACCCCAAAUCAUGAAAUUCUGUAAAUAGGAUUUUUGAAAAUCCAUUUAGGCAGAAAAUUGCAUCCAGUUGUGCGCAUUUAGUACAAUCCGCCAUGCUGCUUGCCUAAGGGGUGAUCUAUCUAUCCCCCCUCCCCAUUUUAAAAGAGCACACUGCAAAGGAGGCAAGUGAUGUUAACUUGCCUGUCUUGACCCUCUACCCUUUUUCUUCUCCUAAAGUUACUUUAAAAGUAGCAAAUCUGUUUCUCUGUCAGCUUACUUAAAAUACUUCUUGUUUGUGCAGGAGACAGAAUGCAGCUUUCACUCUCACUGAAAUGAAGAAGUAGAUUACUUGAUAGUUAUUUGCACGGAGCAGUGUGGCGCACACUGCUUUGGAGACACCUCCAGGCUAUCUUGCACGCCAGGUGGCAUUCUGACCCAGAUUGUCGUAAAAUUCUAUUGCCUCCACCAUUGUUCCUUGCCCCCCCGUUUACAAGUAAUGAAAAGAGUUGGUCAUGUCAACUCCUGUAGCAGCUACCACCAACCUUAUGGCAACAGGAUUUGUAAACAGUUCCUAAGAAAAACAAAGUUGCUUGUUUACUUGUUCUUUGUGUUAUAGGUGCCGCUCAAAUGAAGAUGAUGGAAACCAGAAGACAUGAACAAAGGUUUCUGUUCUAUAAAAGAUAUGAAAAACAUUCAUUUAGUUAUGUCUAGUUUUUUUUUUCCCCCUGUUCACAGCACUGAGAUAUAUAUAGACUUCAUUUACACUUUUGCCAUUCUGGCAGUUCUUAGCAUAGUACCGUUGUGGUGUUUUUAUGUAAAACGUGUCUGUUUCAUCUUUUGGGUGAUGUGAUUUUGUUGUGAUAAACUUGAGAUAGGCAUGGUUAAAUAAACAUUUUAUUAUAAUACUGUAGGCAAGAGUCAAGCACAUUUGAUGGUAAAUUUUAUUUAUUACAUUUUUAUUCCACCCUUCCUGCCAAAGGAGCCCUAGUGAUAAGCUCACGGACAUACUAUUUAAAUUUCUGCAAGCAGGUAUCAGCAUACUGCAACAUUCAUUUAUCCCGGGGCAUGCAUUAUAUAUUCUUUGGCUGCAAAAUAUCAAUCUUACUUUGGAUGUCUCAAAGUGUUAAGAAGAGGUCAGACCUUUUGCAGAGGAUGGCUGUGUGAAGAGCCAGCAGAGAUUCUGGAGGUGUAGACCAGUUUUUUUAUAACUCAGUUCACAUUGUAGUGGGAGAUCAUAGGACUUAGCUUUGCUUCUCUCAGCAAUUCAAUUUAGACUUUUAAGUGGAGUGGCUUUCUGACGGAUACUAGACCAAGCUUAAAAAACAAACAGACUGAAAAAUGAGGAUAUACUUAAGCCACAGGUCCGUCAAGUAAGAAUUAAAUAUACUGCUUUUUACAGUAUAUUUACUGUAUCCGUUGCAUCAGUUUGGAAAUGUAUUUUAAGAAUAUCUUCUAGUUCUAUUUAUCCUUGUGCUGCAGUGUAGGUUGCUAUGAUACACAAGGUUAUUUUGAAAUGACUUUGAUAUAUCUGAUACUGAUUUCUGCCUUUGCUAAUCAUGUGUUUCCCUUCCUGUGUAGGGUAAGUGGCAGAAAAUUUCUGAGAAAAAUUUGCAUGGAUUGAAGUUUGCUCAGGAGGCAGAUCAGACUAUGAAAAUACAGAAGGCUGAUAUCUUUGUGAGAUUGACAAACAGUAAUGAACUUGUGCAUCAAAAAGUGAAGCAGUGGUUUAAGAUAACACUUUUUACCAUUCAUUUUUGACGUUUGAUGAAUAACGAGCUUAUUAAAGUUUUUGUGUGUUUGCUUACGCCGAGUUCUAUGGAAUAUUAAAUAACAAUGCAAUGACGCAUUCCUAAGAUGUGCUUCUAACCAUGUAGUCAGUAUGAUCUACCUAUUGUAUUAGUCUGGUGGUUCAAAGAAUGAACACCAGAUGAUUGAUUUGCCCAAAACCACACUACAUUCACCAUACAACUGGAGUGAGUUGUUAACACAAGCAAGGAGUAAGCUUUGUCACCAGCCACAACACUGAGUUAACAGGAAGGCUCUGCAAGUUUAUCUAAGACAGGUGGGGAACCUGUGGUCUUCCAGAUUUGGACUCUCAACUCCCAUAAGCUCCAACCAGCAUGUUGAGUGGUCAGGAUGAUGGGAGUUAUAGUGCCAGCAACAUCUGAAGGGCCACAGGUUCCCCAAGCCCAAUCUAAGAAAACUCCAUGAUGCCUGGGCAUUGUCAGAUUUUUAGAUGCAUUCAUUGUAGUUCAGAUUGUGGAUAAGCACAGCUUGAUCUCUGUGAAAAUGUGUUUUAUCACAAACUAACAUUGAUGAACAUGGUUAACCUAGAAGUUAUUCUUUCACUUCUGCUUUUCUUUAUUGUAACUGUCAAUAUUUUGCUGCCAUUAAGUAAUUCCUUCUUGUGAAUGCAUUUGACACAUUAAUUUGAAAUUACUAAUAAAAUGAAAACUAUAUAAGCUACGGCUCUGAGGGUUGUUGUUUUCUUUACAAUCAAGCAGUGUUAAAAUUUACGGGCUUUUAUCCAGUAUUGUGUAAGUACACACAGAUGGAUAUUUUCCUUCCCAUUUCUCCCCUAUACCCCCCCAAAGGCUUUCCAGGAGGUCAGGGGUGGGGUGGGGGCUCAAAAUCAGGAAGAGGAAUCUUGUGCCAGUAUGCUAUUUUAUUUCCUCCCCCCUUUCUAUUGCACCUUCAUUCAACAGUCCACAAUGUUCAGUAGAUGCUACCUGACAUUAUGGCAAGCUUUGUGGCGGGUACAGGAAAAUAGAUAAGAUAGAUAGAUAGGCAGGCGGGGGGUGGGGUGGAAGAGAAAUAUCCAUUGGGUGAUCAUGCCUCAUGGUCGCACAACAGAUACAACCCAGUCAGUUUACAUAAAAGGAGAGCACACGUUACUGUUUAGAAGUGUUUAGAGAAAUGCUGUCUUGAGAACACAACAGUAUUGCAAGUUUAUCUAAAUAUACAAAAAAAGUAAACCUCUUCACAGACUGAAUUAAUAGAAAAUGGUUCAGAACUCCCACAUUUUCUCCCUAGACCUAGACCUACUUGUGUAUGUGCCAAUUGAUGAUAACACUUAAUGCAUCUGAUAAUAGUCUCUCUAGUCCUCGGAAGCCUGUAUCACAAUAAAUCUGUUAAGUUUUUUAAGUGCUAAAAGUCUCUCUUGUAUUUGAGUGAACAUCACACUUCUGGUAUUCUUCUUCAAUAGAAACAUACUAUGUAGAGUAUGAAAUAAUAACUGCUUUCAAGUUUUUUUCAAACUCGUGUAGUCAGUAUUAUUUUUAGAGCAACAGCAGCAUAUGAUUGCUUUUGUUUUCUGCUUGCUUGUGAUUCACUCUCCUAAAAGAUGAAUGAAACGAACAUGCUUUGUAUUCAGUAUUUAUAUUUCUCUAACAUGUGAUUAUGUUUUGCUAAAUAAAUAUCAUCCACUACUUGAAGCAUA